AUGAACAUUGCAAUUUAUACAAAUUUAUUUAAAUAUAUUAAUAUAUUACGCAUACUCGUAGUAAUGAUUAUUUGAGAAAUUUCAUUGAUAAAUUUCAAGUAUGUCGCAAUUGAACUAUCUCCAUUACAAUCAGUAUACUACAAUAGUAUUAUAUCUAUAACAAUUUUAUAGUAUAACUUAAAAAUAUCAUUCUUCGAUAAUUAUACUAUAUCAAUAAGGUUUAUUUUCUUUUAGAAUAUACCACAUGGAAGCAUAUAAAUCUUUUUUACUAGAUUUUUUGGCAGGUGGUAUAUCUGCAGCAGUUGCAAAAACUUCAGUAGCACCUAUAGAACGUGUGAAAUUAAUACUUCAAGUGCAACAUACAUCAAAACAAAUACCAGCUGAUAAACGAUAUAAAGGAAUGCUAGAUGUGUUUAUACGUGUACCAAAAGAAACUGGUAUUCUUAGUUUGUGGAGAGGUAAUCUAGCAAAUGUUAUACGAUAUUUUCCAACUCAAGCUUUAAAUUUUGCCUUUAAAGACAAAUAUAAAGCUUUAUUUCUCGGAGGUGUUCCAAAAGAAGCAUUUUGGAGAACCUUUAUAGGAAAUUUAGCUUCUGGUGGUGCUGCUGGUGCAACAUCAUUGUUAUUUGUAUAUCCACUUGAUUUUGCUCGUACUAGAUUAGCUGCAGAUGUUGGAAAAGGUGCUCAAAGAGAAUUUAGUGGAAUGAAAGAUUGUUUAUUAAAAAUUUUUAAAUCGGAUGGCUUGUUUGGUUUAUAUAGAGGAUUCAGUGUGAGUGUCCAAGGAAUUAUUAUAUAUCGUGCGGCGUAUUUUGGACUUUAUGACACAGCUCAAAUUUUUUUUAAAGAUCCAAAAGCUACUCCAAUAUAUGUUAACUUCAUGAUUGCUGAAACUGUAACAGCUUUGUCAGGACUUUUAUCAUAUCCUUUAGAUACAGUCAGAAGAAGAAUGAUGAUGCAGUCAGGACUCAGUAAAGAAGAAGUGAUGUACAAAAAUACUUUGGAUUGUUGGAAGAAAAUAUUAAUUAAUGAAGGACCAUCAGCUUUCUUCAAGGGAGCAUUUUCAAAUAUUCUUCGAGGGACAGGUGCUGCUCUUGUUUUAACAAUGUAUGCUCCUAUUAAAAAUAAAAUUUCAAAUAUAAUAUUUAAAGAUUCAACAUAGCAAUUUAUUUUGUAUAUUUAUAAAUUCAAUAAAAAUAUUAUGUGUUA